CCAGAAUAACUAUUUUUAAAUGGGUUAAAAUGUCGAUUCUAGCCCACUGAAAGACGUUAACUUUUAUCACACAAACUCUGGCUUAGGGUUUUUGGACUUUUGAGGGGUUCUGUAUCAUCUUCCGUUCCAAUCCACCUCUCUUAGACACCAUCUCUCACUUGUCUAGUAACUAGAGGUAAUGGAGCACGGUUCUCUACAGGAUCCAAGCAGAGCAACCUUCUCGUUCGUUGAUGAAGAUCACACUCUUGCAAAUGCUGUCAGAUUCACCUUGAAUCAAGAUCCGAGGGUAUCAUUCUGUGGAUACAGUAUUCCUCAUCCCUCAGAUGCUCGAGUUAAUAUUAGAGUCCAAACAACAGGUGAUCCAGCAAGGGAGGUAUUGAAAGAUGGAUGUCAGAAUUUGAUGUUGAUGUGCCAUCAUGUUAGGAGCACUUUUGACAAGGCUGUUGGUGAUUAUAGAACAAACACCACAGAAAUGGAAAAUGAUUGAAAUUUGAUAUAUCUUACCCUUAUAAUCUUGGUAUGUAAGUUCAUUUGUAGGUGUAAUUGGACAGUUGCAAUGUAUUUGACUCCUUUCAAUCACGGUGAUUUAUUAUGUUCCAUAGUC